AUGGACACAGAUGACAGGCUCCUCAUCCCUGCUCUUUAUCCUGUGAAUAUCCCUCCCUUAGCUCAGCAGUCCCCUUUGGCCUCUUCCAUUUGGCAAAAAAGAAGUGCUUUGCUCCCUUUGGCCGCGCCGGGCUGUCCCCGGCGGGAGUCCCGCACGUGCGGCCGGCUCCUCCCCGCGCCACGUGCUCGCCCGCAUGGACCCGCCGGUGAGCGCCGGGGCUUGCCUCCUCCAGCCCCCGAGACACAGCUGCGGAAGCUAGCUGGAUCAUUCAUCCAUUCAUUCAUUGAGUGUGUUUGUUUGUGCGUGCUGCCCUUGCUUGGGCACCUAGGGCAGAGGGAGCGCCCUUGCUGCUCUCUACCUCGACUCCUCUCGCCUGAUUCCCGAAACAGCCAGGCUCCGAGUAGCAGCAAGAAAACUGACCCAGGGGCUGUCCGUUAUUUUGCUGCUGCUGCUGGGCAAAACUGUCAAGGAAUGAAUCAAAAUGAAAGUGAAAAUCUCGACUUACGCAGGUGGUUCAGAUCCUUAUGUUUCCAGGAAACCAGUGAGGUAACAGCUGAUGGAAGUGACUUUUCCUGUCAGGAGGCAGCUCUUUUGAAAGGAAGGAAGACCACAAAUUGGUGGCCUCCAAAAGAUGUUCUAGACAUUCCUGAUGGUGAAUCUCAACAGAGUGGAUUCCCCGGUAUCUCUUCCUGUCAAAAUGAUACCGCUGGUUUGACUACAGACACGUCUGGAUCUUCUGCUGAAAGCACCGGUGACUCUGACGAUCAGAUUGACCUUCAGGAAUGGGAGCUGGAUACUGAAGUUAGCAGCGUGCCUGUUGCUGCAUGGUAUCCUGAGCUGAAAACUGAUCCCAAGUAUGAGGAAGAGGAUUGGGAUAAAGAGCUGGAGGAUUCCAAAUGUAACCCAUAUGAUGCUGAAGAUCUCCACUGGGGAAGUCUUCAAGAAAAUAAUCUGGUGGCACCAGGUGCGUGGCAAGAAGAGUCAUUGUUCAACCCAGUUGGUCACCAUCCUGUUCCUCUGACUUUGAAGCCACCAAACAGAAUCCCUGAGAUCGGCCAGUUCGAUGACGCAGAUGAGUGAGGUUUCCCCUUUGGGAGGGCAACGACUGGUCUCUGAGUUGAACCGGGUGUUGCGUGCUUGCAAAGGAGCCGUGUGACAACGUUACAUUUUCCUUAUGUUUUAAAUAAGGCCGGAAAUGCCAGACCUUUACCGAGGACUUUCUUUGAGAAUAUGAUUGAACAAAUAGACUUGAUUUGUAGGAAGCAAAGACUUAUGAUUUCAGACUGAAGAUUAGCCUUGGGGAUCGAUGCGGUUCUGUAGAACUCCUCAUUUUUGUUCUUUUUAGUCUGUUUGUUUCAUUUAUUGAUGUCUGGGAAGUAUUGUUUUAUUUGAACUUUGGCUCGAGGGCUAGAUUAACCAGUUCUGACACAUUGGUCCCUCCAUCACUGCUGUGACACUUUUAUUUUCUUUCCCUUUUAUUAGGUAUUAAUAAUUGAGUUUGGCUAGCAUUAAAUGUUCUGCCCCUCUUCCACAUUCUACAUCCUAAAUAAUGGGAUCCUUUUGCUAUGUGCUGAAAUCUGGGUCCUCUGAGUCCUAAGAGGAAUCUAGUGUUGGACAGCAUUGUCCAUAAGAAAUAUAGAUUGCUUUCUCUUAGACACUAAUUCUUUUUUUGUGCCUGUCAAUACAAAUGGGUGGAACUACAGAACCAAAUGCAUCAGUGAGAGCCCUUAUAGCUUACCCAUAUGGCUACACACACAUGCAGUCAGUUGGUCUAUUUGCAUGAAUAAGUCUUAAAUAAUAGGACCCUUAACCAAUACAGAUUUUGUGUUUUUAAAACCCUGUCUCCCACUGAAAGGUUUU